CCGCAGCCCCCUUACUGUUCUCAUACCCUUAGACGCCGGGAGGUCACUGCUAUCGCGCCGCGCGAGUUGGCGCUGGUGAGGGGCCGCGCCGGGGCUGCUCCGCUCCGGGGAGCUGCGGGGACGUGGGGGCCGGAGCCCCAGAGCGGGGCCGGUGGGGCGGGGCCCUCUGGGAGCAGCCGGGAGGGGUCCCGGGGCGCCCGCUGCUGUGUGAGGGGUCCCGGGGCGCCCGUAACUGUGUGAGGGGUCCCGGGGCGCCCGCUGCUGUGUGAGGGGUCACGGGGUGCCCGGUACUGUGUGAGGGGUCCCGGGGUGCCCGUAACUGUGUGAGGGGUCCCGGGGUGCCCGUAACUGUGUGAGGGGUCCCGGGGCGCCCGGUACUGCGUGAGGCGUCCCGGGGCGCCCGGUACUGUGUGAGGGGACCCGGGGUGCCCGUAACUGUGUGAGGGGUCCCGGGGUGCCCAGUACUGUGUGAGGGGUCCCGGGGUGCCCGGUGCUGUGUGAGGGGUCCCGGGGUGCCCGGUACUGUGUGAGGGGUCCCGGGGCGGCCGCUGCUGUGUGAGGGGUCCCGGGGCGCCCGGUACUGUGUGAGGGGUCCUGGGGUGGCCGCUGCUGUGUGAGGGGUCCCGGGGCGCCCGUAACUGUGUGAGGGGUCCUGGGGUGGCCGCUGCUGUGUGAGGGGACCCGGGGUGCCCGGUACUGUGUGAGGGGACCCGGGGUGCCCGGUACUGUGUGAGGGGUCCCGGGGUGCCCGUAACUGUGUGAGGGGUCCCGGGGCGCCUGGUGCUGUGUUUGAAGGUCCCGAGGAGCCUGGUGCUGUGUGGGCUGGGAGUGUAGGCAGGGCUUGUCUAAUUUAGGAGGAAUUUCUUCACAGAAUGGACGUUCAGGCCUUGGCACGGGCUGCCCAGGGAGGUGUUGGAGCCCCCAUCCCUGGACGUGUCCAAGGAAGGACUGGACGUGGCAUUUAGUGCUCUGGGCUGGGUGACAAGAUAGCCAAGCCCUCCAAGAGAGACAUCGUCGAGGAGGCGAUUUUGGCCGAGAGGGUGCGGGAGGAGGAGCACUGUGAACAAGAACGUGCCCUGCGGGUGUUCCGCCACUACCGCAAUGUCUGUGACUGGCAGAAGGGCGGCGAGGACAAAUGGAUGCACCGCGCUGCCGAGAGGAAGGCUUCGUGACUUUCUGGAGGCAGAGGAAAGUAGGCACUUUGCUGAAGUGAAAGCACUUGAUCAAGAAAAGGCACAGGACAAGGAAGCAAAAAUGAAGGAACAAGCAAAAUUACUGAAAGAGAAGAGGGAGCAAGAAAGACUACAAGUGGUGGCUGAAAAACGAGAGCAACAGUUCAGAAACCGAUGUGAAGAAUAUCGCAUACACUGUAAAAAAAGGGGUGAGAAGGAGCUGAGUGACUGCCAGCUGGCCCAGCAUACUCUGAAGGAGAUGCUGAAAAAGGAAGAGAAGAUGCAGGAGCAGAAGUUGGAAGAGAUUUGUGAGAAGGAACUGUUGGCUAAGGAUCAGGAAGCAGAGCUGAAGGCACAGGAAGUGGCAGCGCGGAUCCGGGAAAUGCUGGAUGUGCGCGAUGCCCAGGUGGCCGUGCACGACGCUCGCAGAGAGGAGGAGAAGCAGCUGAUCAAAAAGGAGGCUGAAUGGCUGGAAGAAGAGCUGCACCAGUUUAGGAAAGAAAAUGAAGAGCUUGAAAGGAAGAAGCAACAUCAGCAGAAGGAAUGCAGGGAGAUAUGGCUCAAAGCAGCAUGGGACAAGAAGAAUCAUCUUGAUGCAGAAAAGCAAACUGAACUUGCCGCAGAGAAGAAAAUCUUGGAAGAAGAUUUUCAGGACCCCGACAGGGAAUAUGAGGAAAUAAAAAAAAAAAAACAAGUGCUGUUAAAGGAGCAACUUACAUACCUGGAACAUAUGGCUGAACAGCUGAGGAAGGAGAAGGAGCGAGAAAGAGAAGACGAGAAGCUCUUCAAGGAAGAGAGGGAUCAGGUUUGGGCCGAGAAGGUUGAGAAAAUGAAACUAGAGAGGGAGGCUCGAUUUCAGCUGCUGAGAGAUGUCGUGAAGACAAGAGAGCUGCAGAUGGAGGAGAAGUUGCAGAAAAAAGCAGAGAGGCAAAUAGAGAUUGCUGAAGAGAAGAAUGCAGUGGCUAAAGCAGUCAGAGAAUUCGAACAUGAAGAAGAAGAAAAACGUAAAAGAAAAAUACAGAAGGCCAAAGAAUACCGAGACCAGCUCACAACUCAAAUUGCCUAUCAGCAGUGGCUCCACAAAGUUGAGGAAGAUGAGAGGAAGAAAGAACAUGAAUCAAAUAUGGAAGCAGAGAGAGAGUACCAAGAAAGGGUACAGUUCAUUCUGUCAAUGCCCAACAAGUCCAUAGUAAAGCCCCCCACUACGAAGAAAGCAGAUGCCUGACUCUUGAGGGCAUCACUCACUAUGAUAUUUUAGCUCACUCAGUUGCCUUUAGAAACAUUUUCUUAGGAUGCUUACACCUGACUUGAGUUGGAAGAUCUGUCUCCACUGUGAUACUCAAAACAUUUAAUUGGAAAUUACAAGAAACAUAGUAUUUUAAAUUUUAUUUUUCCCCCAUGGAUUUUUUUUUGACAAAUCUGAUCCAAUCCAAAGUGCUUGACAUUCUAAUUCAAGAAUGCUGUCUGCCCUCUGCAAUAUGAUAGUGAAUUAUUAUGACAUAAAUAAUGCACAGGCAUUCAUUAAAAUCUGCACAAAGAAAAUUUGCAGAAAACUUUAAGCAAACCUUUAUUAAAAUGCCUUUCAAACAAAA